AUGCGACGGUCUCGGGGCGCGUCUCCGCCGUCGCCGUUCCGGGCGCUGGCCCAUCAUCAUGCACAGCAGGCGGGUGGACGGCGAGCCGAGUCGGUGUCGUCGAUGCUGCGGUCGUUCAACGUGGAGACAAAUCCGACACGACCGAUGCGUCCGAGCCCGCUGACGGCAUCGACGAUCCCGGACAUGCCGCUGGACCUAGUGGACCGGAUCCGGUCGUUUCCGCUCUUCAUGUCGGCGCCGGACGAGUUUCUGGCAGCCAUUGGCAAGCACCUGCGGCCACAGGUCCACGGGCCCCACGACCACAUCCUGACAGAGGGCGACGACGCCAAGGCCAUGUACUGGCUAGUGCGCGGCGCGGUGGCGGUGACGUCGCGCGACAGCGAGGCGGUGUACGCGGAGCUCAAGCCAGGGGCGUUCUUUGGCGAGAUCGGCGUGCUGAUGGACAUUCCGCGGACGGCGACGAUUGUGGCGCGGACAAAGUGCCUGCUGGUGGUGCUAAAGAAGGAGGACCUGCAGGCCGAGCUGCCGCGCUUCCCGGACAUGGAGAAAGCGAUCCGGCAGGAGGCACAGGAGCGGCUGACGAUCCUGCAGAAGAAGCAGCAGGAGCGAAGGCAGGACGUCGGACCAGACGGCGGCCGAGGAGGGGGAGGAUCGAGCAGUGAGAGCGGCACGAUCGGCGACGGGGCGAUAACCAGCAACAGCAACAGCAUCAGCAUCACCAACGGGAUCACGAGCAUUAGCAUCAGCACCAACAGCAAGAACAGCAAGAAGCGCAAGUCGCCGAGCCCAGGGGUGAUUGAGGACCCAGCAGUCGGCGGCAGUGCUCUGGGCAGUGGCUAUGUCAACGUGCGCAAGACGCUCAAGGAGCUGCCGCUCUUCUCGACCCUUCCGGCCGACAUCCUGCAUUUUCUGGGGCUGAGCGCGCAGCCCAAGAGCUACUCGCCCUUCACCGACAUCCUGCGGCAGGGCAGUCGAGGCAAUGACAUCUUUUUCAUAGUCAGCGGCGAGGCCGAGGUGGUGCACGAAGCGCCCAGGCCUGAAGGCGAGGCCGAGGACACGGCGUCGUUUGCACGGCCACGACUGACGCAGGGACAGUACUUUGGCGAGGUGGCCAGCCUGGGCCUGUCGCCAGGACGAGUGCGGACGGCGACGGUGCGGUCGAUCACCAGCGUGGAGUGCCUGAUGAUCAGCGGCGAGGCGCUGGACGAGCUGUGGAGACGCUGUCCGCCCGGACUGAAGCUGCAGGUGGAAGAGACGGCGCGGGAGAGAUAUCGGCAGAGCCGGGUGGCAGCAGCAGGAGAGGCCACAUCGGACGAUGCAGACGUCGAGAUGAGCGACCGGCGAGAAGGUGGAGAACAGAUGUCGGCCAUCGGCAGCAACAGCAACCGGGAAGAGGUCUUGUCUCUACGACGACCUUCGGUGCCUCACGUGACUUUUACAACGCCGUCCAAGCCAUCCUCGCCGACGACAGACGAGGCAGACAUGCGACAGCCGAGCGACCCGGACCCGUUUCUGAGCGUGGACAUGGAGAACCUGCGGAACCGACGGAGGAACUCGCUGGCACCACCGCUGCCGGCGGGAGACUCGUCGUCGGGCGGGCAGACGACGCCGUCGCCACAGAUAGAGAACAACAGCAGUCCGCUGAAGCUGUUUACGUUUCCGCCUCUGACAGCCGCCGAGGAGCCGACAGCAGCAGAGCCCGAGGAAGAGCGCAGUUCGCGAGGACGGUUCAAGAAGGCACGGACGCUGGCCCACCGGCCCUAUUCAGACGAGCGAAGCGGAUCGCCGGCUGAGGAUCAUGCCCGGAAACACGCCGAGGAACACGCCAAAGAGCAGGCCCAGUCGUCGCCGCAGACACGGCAGCAGGGCCCGUCGGAGGCGGUGCUGGUGGGCGCGUUUCUGUACCUGGACAUUGUGGAGCUGAUCCGGCUGCGGGCAGUCUGCCGGGAAUGGCGACGGGUGCUGACGACGUCGCGACAGCUGUGUCGGCGGGUCGACCUUGGCGGGCUCAACCGGGUGGUCAACGACUGGUCGCUGACGCAGGUGAUUGCGCCGUUUGUGGGCCAGCGAGCAGAGGAAAUCGACAUCAGCAACUGUUUCCACGUGACCGACGAGGGAUUCCAGGCGCUGUGGCGGCAGUGUGGCCACAACGUGCGGGUGUGGCGCAUGAAGUCGGUCUGGGACGUGUCGGCGAACCAGAUCCUGGACAUGAGCGAGAACGCCAAGGAGCUGGAGGAGCUGGACUGGAGCAACUGCCGCAAGGUGGGCGACAACUUGCUGGCCCGGGUCGUCGGCUGGGUCGUUCCCGGGGAAGCAGAGGGUCAAUCGGGCCAGCCACAGGGUCAGCCACAGGGUCAGCCACAGGGUCAGCCACAAUCUCAACCACCCAAACCAGCGCCCGGAACGGUCAUUGGCUGUCCACGACUGAGCGUGCUGGACCUGUCGUACUGCAAGCACAUCACGGACCGGUCGAUGAUGCACCUGGCUGCACACGCGGCAGGACGGCUGCGGUCGCUGACGCUGACGCGCUGCACAUCGGUGACGGACGGCGGGUUCCAAGCGUGGGCGCCGUACCGGUUCCGACAGCUGACGCGGCUGUGUCUGGCCGACUGCACAUAUCUGUCGGACAAUGCGAUCGUGUCACUGGUGAACGCGGCCAAGGCGCUGACCCACCUAGACCUGUCGUUUUGCUGUGCGCUGUCGGACACGGCCACCGAGGUGGUGGCGCUCGGUCUGCCGUUGCUGCAGGACCUGCGGCUGGCCUUUUGCGGCAGUGCUGUCAGCGAUGCGAGUCUGCGCUGCGUUGCACUGCAUCUCAACGAUCUGCGCGGGCUCAGCGUGCGUGGUUGCGUGCGCGUCACCGGGACCGGGCUCGAGCAUGUUCUCGACGGCUGCGCCCGGCUGCGUUGGCUUGAUGCCAGUCAGUGCAAGAACCUGGCUCGCUGGCUGGCCGACGGCGGAAUUGCCCGUUGGGGCUUUGAUGACCGUGUUGGAGGGGAUGGGCCUGACGGAGGGGGCGAGCCCCGAUCGUCUGUCACGUCCUCUGAGCGCAUCCCGUCCGGCUGGAGUCCGCCCGGUCUCGGCCUCGCUCCACCUCCGAUGCCCUCCGUACGCGGCCAGCGACGACGUGCCCGUCAUCCGGUCCGCUUCAUCGUCGAGAAGGGCGCCUUGGGCGGGCUGCGUGUGGCCGAUCGUGUGUAUCGCGUGGGCAUCAUCUGCGGCUCGCAGCGUGCAGUGCGUGCAGGUCCGCAGGUUGCCGACUUUGUGGCCGACGUGAUCGAGGCGAAGCUGGGCUCGACCAGCGCGAUCUCGGCCGACCCGUCUGCUGGCCUUUCGGCACCGCACAUCUGCCUUGACCGGAUCGACGUGGCGGCGCUGCAGCUGCCCCUGACGGACGAGCCGGGCGUGCCGUCGCAGAUCCGGACGGCCGACGAGUAUGCGUGCGAGCACACGCGGACGUGGUCGCGCCGGGUGGCGGCGCUGGACGCCGUCGUCUUUGUGACGCCGCAGUACAACUGGGGCGUGCCGGCAGGCCUGAAGAACGCCAUCGACCAUCUCUUCCACGAAUGGACAGGCAAGCCGGCCCUGGUCGUGGCCUACGGCGGCCACGGCGGCGACAAGGCCGCUGUCGCUCUCGCCAUGGUGCUCGCCGGACUGCACAUGCGGCCGGUUGAGAAAGCGGUGCUGCUGGCGUUUCCCGACCGACAGACGACGGAACGGGCUGCCGGCGGAAUGGAUCUCGGACUGGCCGGGGAUCAUGACAAAAACGCGCUUUGGUUCGACCGUCGAGAAGACUUGGUUACGGCCUGGACUAAGCUGGUGGCCCUGAUGGUCUGA